AUCAAAUUUUGUUGACCCCCUUCACUUUAUGUUAGAAAUAAAAUAUGAUGAAAUAUUUUAUUUCAUGUUGAAAUGUUUGAAUAGUGGCUAACAGUGUUUACCUCACAGUCCUCACUCUGCUCACAACUACUUUCUAAUCAGCUAUUUGGUUUGGAACGUAUUAUGAUCAUUGGUCCGUAUUCUAUUAUACAUUAUUAUAAUGAACUAUAUUACAGGUACAAUUAACUGAAACAUAAAGAUAAUAAUAUAAAAUACAAUUAAUGAGAGUUCUUGUUAUUUAUAAUCCCUAUAAUCAGAUUGAUAUUCAUCAGAUCACUGCACUACUGCAAAGAAUUAAAUAGCCAUUUCAGGUACUUAACCUAACCUAUAUAUAUAUAUUAAUAUGGCUGAAAAAGGAAAAAUUGGAAUCAUUGGAAGUGGUCUAAUAGGCCAGAGUUGGGCUAUGUUAUUUGCAAGUGCUCGUUACAAUGUAACCAUCUAUGACAUUAACUUAGAGUUAGUAAAUACGGCUUGCGAAAAAAUUAAAACAGAAUUGAAAACGAUGGAAAAAAAUGGAAUUCUAAGGGGCAAUAUUACUGCUGAACAGCAAAUUGAACUUAUUAAAGGUGUAACUAACUUGGAAGAAGUUGUAGAAGGUACAAUUCUUAUUCAAGAAUGUAUACCAGAAGUAUUAUCUUUAAAGCAACAGUUGUAUGACCAAAUUGAUAAAAUUGUUGGCUCUCAAACUAUAAUUUCCAGUUCAACUUCUACAUUCUUACCAUCGGCUCUUUCUGAAAAAAUGGAACAUCGUAAUCAAUUAAUUGUUUCACACCCAGUUAACCCACCAUAUUUUGUGCCACUAGUAGAAAUUGUACCAUCUGAAUGGACUGAAGAUUGGGUAAUUAAAAAAACAAGGGCAAUUAUGGAAGAAAUCAAACAAUCCCCUGUAACUCUUGCUAAAGAAGUACCUGGAUUUGCUUUGAACCGUAUUCAGUAUGCUAUAUUGAAUGAAUGUUGGCAUCUUGUCAAUGAUGGAGUACUUAAUGUGAAAGAUGUUGAUACAGUCAUGUCUGAAGGUCUAGGUAUGCGUUAUGCAUUUCUCGGUCCAUUAGAAACUGCUCAUUUAAAUGCUGAAGGUUUUGUGAACUAUACAGAGCGUUAUUCAAACUCUAUGUAUGGUGUAUGCCAACAAUUCAAGCCAUCUCCUAAGUUUGAAGGACCAUUGGUAAAAGAAAUCGGAGAUCAAUUAAAUACCAAUACUCCGUUGGAAGACCUUCCAAAACGUAGAUUAUGGAGAGAUCAAUCUUUGAUCAAAUUGUCACAACUUAAAAAAUAUAAUAAUUAUUAAAAUAUAUAAUAUUAUUGGUUAGAUGGUUUAAUAAAAUUAUGGUAUAGGUAUUACACAAUCGUUAAUGACACAAUAUUAUGUAGGUAACCGAAAACCAUUAUCCAUUAAUAAUUGUGAAAUUAAUGGAAAUAAAUAUUUACAUGUAUAAAUUACUGACGGGAUAUAUAUUUUCGUAAUAAAAAAAAUAGUUAAACUAAUUUGUUAAUUUAAUACUGUAUAGUGUUUUGAGUAAGUUAUAUUAUAAUUUAAAGUACUUGUUACGGUUACCUUUUGUCAAGGUUAUCGUGUAUUUAAUAUAACUUUAUUGAUUACUUACUAUUUGUUUCAUUGGUCAUUAAUGCUGGUACAAUAGUAUAGGCUAUAUACAUUGUAAUUUAUACAUUAUAAUAUUACGCAAGCUAAAAUUAAUGAAAUAACUAAAUCUAAAAUUCACUCUAACUAAAUUAAUCAACCCAACAAUUGGACAAAAUAAUCAACUUUAGUAGCUGUAGCUUAAUAAUCAAAACUAAAAUAUACAAUGUUCAGAGUUUCAAAUCAAGAUGAAGUUAAGAAUAUACGAGUUAUUAUAUAUGAUAUUUCAUUUUUUGAUUUAAAUGUUAAGAUUGAAAAAUUUUUUUGUCAAAUUACUUCUUCUCAGUGGCGUAAUUGUGGGGGGGAACUUCCCCCCCCCAAAUAAUCCACAUUUAAAAAGUAUUCUUAACAGGACUGUUAACAUAUUAAAAUAUUUUUUUCCCAAACAUAAAAUAUAUGUGUAUACUAUUUAGUAUUUAUACUACUUACUUUUUAAACUACUUAUAGCACCUUUUAUUAAUGACCUCUCUAUGUACUUAAUAAUAUUUUUACAAUAUGGGUACCUGUUACCUGCAAUUUGUUUAUAAACCAUAACAUUAGUUUUAAGACUAAAUCAGGGUUUUGAUUAUGAUGAAUAAAUUAUAUUGCCCCCCUAGAUUUUUAUCCAGUUAUGCCACUGCUUCUUCUAUUGAUGAUAAUAUAAUAGUUUGACCAAUUUAGUAGAAGGUGAUAUGGCCAAUUUAUCGAUAGAGUUUAUUCUCAAUGUGUCAGCAACAUGCCAAUAAUAUACUCAUAUUCAAUCUUUCUGAGCAGAAAAAAUAUUUUGAAGUAUAUUAUAUAUUUAAGUUAAUAAUUGAUAAAUAAUUAAAAUAACGUUGGGUUCUAUCACUGGAUAGCCUCCCUCCUCAUGUGUUCAUGUUAUAAAAAAAAAAAAAUUGUUGGUAUGUGUUCAAUUUUGCUUAUUAUGCCUAUUGUAGCAUAGAUUGUAAAUAUUCUAAUAAUAAAUAAAUAAAAAAAAAAAAAAAAAAGCUUGGAUAA